CCCCCGCAGCCCGAGGCGGAGCCGGGGCCGCGCCCGGGAUCCGGGACAGAGCCGGGCCGCGGCUACCGCAGGGACGGAGCGGGCCGAGGGGGGCCGCGGGGGGCAGGGCGCGGGGGGUCUCGCUGUGAUGGCGCCGCGCCGGUACCUCGGCAGGGGCAGGUCGAGGGCUCACAACGGCACCGGGGACCGUGUGUACGGGCACCGGGGUGGCACCACGAAGGCACUGGCACCGGGACUCGGGCGGCCCGUCCCCAGCCUAGGGGCGCAGCGCUGCGGCCUCUUCCGCCUCCCCCCGCGGCCCUGCAGCAGCCCCUCGACAGUGGCACAGAAGCCGGGCGGGCAGCCCCCGGCCAUCAGCAGUGGCCCCGUGCCUCAGAGCCUGGAGAUGGUCUCUGAGUACGUGCAGAAGAACCGCGGCGCGCUGGUGUUCUUCAAGGCCCAGCCCCAGCUGUGCCUGCGGGUGGGCGACCUGGAGGGGACGUUGUACGAGGGGCAGGACGAGCUGCUGCGGUGGUGCCAGGCGCUCUACCUGCCGCAGCCCACCCGGAUGAUCGUGGUGGGCACGGUGGAUGACGUGCCCUGCCUGGCCACGGGGCAGCAGCUCGUCAUCCUCGUCGCGGAGAGCGGCGACGUGUAUGCCUACGAGGAGGAGACGCUGCACAAAGUGGCCCGGAGCUUCGCCGAGUUCUUGGAGAUAGGGCUGCAGCUCCUGGGGAAGGAGGUGUACUGCUGCGGAGAGCACAUAGUGCCUCUGGGUGAGGAGGAGCGGGACAAAGACCCAACAGUCCAGCAGAUCAGAGAGAACGUCAAUAAAUUCAUUAAGAAAGGGGAGGAAGAGUUCCAUAGCCUGUUGAAGCUACUGGAGGCUGAGCCUGCUGUUGCUUGUUAAAACUGUGGGGGGGACAGGGAGAUACGGGGAACCGUACUUCCAAAUCUUGGCGCUGUAAAAUUGCAUUUCUUAAAUGCUUCAGUGGUGUCAAACUGCAUUUUAAGGGAUAAUUUUUUGGGAGCAACUCUGGAAGUGAGUACCAGAAGCUUUGUAUUGAUUUAAGCAUGUAAAAAGCGUGUGGCUUUUGA